AUGGACUUCCUCAUAGCCACAAAUGCCAAUAUAGAACGUGAUUUACCCUUACCUGGUGGAGUGGGCUUAGGCCGUAUUACCGGUUCCUCCAGCAUAGAACUUUGGUACGAUGGGCAUCGAAAGGAACAUGGCCUAAGUCCAGACUCUAAAAUGGUAGUUUUGCAUGACUUUACACCCUGUGUGGAUGAUGAACUCGAAGUUAAACGUGGCCAAAUUGUUAAUAUUCUUUAUAGGGAAAAUGAUUGGGUUUACGUUAUAGGGGAGGACUCACGUCGAGGGUUUAUACCACAUUCAUAUUGCGCCCCCUAUAAUACACAAUUGGCCGAUAUGGCCAUAAAAAAGAAAAUUGCCUCGUGGGUGCAUCGAAUGCACCAGAAGAUCAUAGUGAAAAUAUGCCCCUUAUUACCGGGUAGUGACCAAUCUAAAUUAGAUUUAAUAGAAGAGGUAAACAAUGCUCAGGUUGGCUUUAAAAAAUGCUGUAGCCGAGCUGGCCUCACCCACAUUAUAGAACCGGAAUGUACACCCUUUCACAAGGAACCCAAUGGACGUUAUAUUGUCCUUUACACUUGUAUAGCUCGCGAUGAGAACGAUUUGUCUGUGGAGAGAGGAGAAUUUGUUACUCUUCUUAAUCGUGAUGAUUCCGAUUGGUUUUGGAUAGUACGUAGUGAUGGCCAAGAGGGGUUUGUUCCUUCUGCUUUUAUUUAUCCAGCCGAUAGUGUAUUGCAAACACAACAAAAGCUUUUGGAAAGUAAUUUGAAUAAAACGAAUUCAUUAUCGUCGGAUAUGUUAACAGGUUCAGGGCCUACUCAGGGCAAUUUGAAUUCGUUAAGCCAACCGGUAUCUAUGGGAAAUAAUGCUUUAGAUAAUACUUUGCAACAACAACAGCAGCAGCACAAAAACUCACAAAAUUCCGCUCAAAUUCCGGCAGAUGACUUGAGAUAUGGCACGGAGUUGGUGAUGUUAUACGAUUAUAAGGCUCAAGCACCCGAUGACUUAAGUGUUCGACGUGGCGAUUGGAUUUAUGCCGAUUUAAAUAAUCAAACCGUGGAUGGUUGGUUAUGGGCUUAUGCACCCAAAACACGUAAAUAUGGCUUUAUACCCAAGGCCUAUGCAAGGCCACCAGCCAUGACCAGUUUAUAAAUUAAUAAAAAAUAAAACAUUUCAAACAUUUUUUUAAACAUACAAUUAUUUUAAAUUGCAUUUAUUAUAAUUAUCAUUUGUAUUGCUCUAUAAUAUAAUAUUAUUUGUAUUUUAAUGAUUUCACUAUAUACUAAGUAUAAACUCUAAUUGAGAAUACAAUAUUUUAAAGUCUAUUUUUUCUGCAAGAACAUUUUUUUAAUAUGUACGUUUUUGUUUUUAGUUAUAAGGUCACUUUAAUUUAACUAUUUUACAAAUAAGAUUUAGUCUCUAAGAUUUAGUAUUAGUACUGUAUAUGUAAAUUAUUGUUUGGGGCACACAACUAAAGGCAAAAAACUGCAAAAAAAAGAAAAAUGUAUUGAACCUACAACAAAGCAUUAAUUAAUUAUAUUUUACAUAAAAAAUAUAUUUACUUUUAACGUAAAUUAAAUAAACU